AUGGGUGUUGAACAGUCCAUUCAUGUACGUCAGGGAGGGGUGAACUCACUUUUUGAGCGCGCGCUUCUUGAUGCUCUGCGUGAAGCAGCAGAGGAAUCACAAAUACCCUCUGAACAGUUUGAGCAUGCUUGGGAUCCAGAGGACUGCUCCCCAAAGUUCAGAGUGUUGCGUGACAGGCUGACAGCUAGACGACUGCCCUCUCCUCUCACUACAGACGCCAUAAGAGGUAUGUUUACUAUUCAAGAAAUUCCUCUUCCUCAAAAGCAGUUCAGAACCAAGAGAUAGCUAGGGAUGUGCAACAAUUCUAUUUUACGCUAAGCCUGAUUCUCGUUGAGAAAACUCGUCUUCCUUGUUCAAUUUGCGGAAUUUUUUUUUUUUCGAGCUUGUCUAAAGACGUUCUGAAAACGUUAACGUACCAUUUUGAAUACUCAAGACUAGGAUAGACUGAUAUAUUUUGGACCAAGAGAAGAGUUUCUUUCCGUACUUUGCAUCCCCCUUGGACGAAGAGUUUUUCGGUGCCACAUUGCAGCCCCCCAAAAUAUAAUAAUACAAUGAAUAGAUAAAUAAUAAAAUAACUCAAUAAAAUAACUAAAUAAAUAAAUCAGUCAGCCUUUCUUUCUUCUACUUAUUUGUCGGCCGACCUACGUUGUAGGUGUAGAAUAUGAAUUGUUGGUUUUAUUAUUAGCCUUGAUUUAUCUUUCUUUUUUCGUUAAACCAGGGAAGAAAGGUUACAGACAAGGCCGACAUGUGUGGGAAAUAACGUGGGAAGAAGACGAACGGGGAUCGAAUGCAGUCAUUGGAAUAGCUACGCCUCAGGCACCUCUCCAGUGCCUCGGUUACAUCCCCUUAGUAGGGUCGAACUCACAAUCAUGGGGAUGGAAUUUAAGUAAGAAAGUGUCCUUUCACAAUGGGCAGGAGACAUCCUAUCCAGCGAAUUUUCCAACUUUUGUAGUACCAGAUACGGUAUAUGUUAUACUUGACAUGGACAAUGCCACGCUGAGGUAAUCCAGUCAAUAUGUUUUAGCGUUUUACUUAACUGAAAUAUCUCUACUGUUGUUUAGUUUUUGAUCUUUUCUUGUUAUUAUCUUCUCGCCAGCUGGAAAGUGAUAUUCCUCUUUCGAGUGCGCGCUUGUUCUCCUCGCACUAUUCGGCAGAUUUAGCAGAGACAACGUGACGACAGAGACGACCGCGGGAGCAAAAAAACCAAAACAAAACAAAAACAAAAACGAAUUGACCAAUGACAGCUGGAGAGGCAAAUUGCGAGUACGAGAAGUCGCUUUCCGGCCUUUCAGCCUGCUCUCGUGCUCUCGUUUGGUGUUAUCUUAGCUAAACUUGCCUAAAAUAUGAUGGAAACUCACUUGGCGGCCGUUUGACGGUAAUUUCCACAUAAACUAUUUUUCGCGGUCUUGCCCAGUCGACCCGCCUCUUAAGGCACACACACCGUGCCGUUAAUUAUUAUUUUCGAGAGAAGACACAAAGGUUGUAAUUAUGGCUUUAUAUCUUGUCUUUCCCUCUCUCCGCUCCAUGGCUCCUCUUUCAGAUGAUUAUUUUUCUCUUCCCGCCUCAUCCAACCCAACUCUAUCUCGGGUGUCUUUCAUCCAGAAGAGGCUGCCAGUUUUUACCAACCUUAUAUAGGAGAGUGGGCUGGUUGGCUGUAAAUAGACUACUCUCUGAGAGAGACAUCUUUGGUUGAAAUUUCAUGAUUUACAUUGCAUUGCGGUUAGAUCGAUGGACUUGCAACCAGGGAGGACUCGAGUUCAACUCCCGCUCUUGCCUCAAGCUGGAUUUUGUUUCUCGGUAUUUCCGACUUCAAAUCCUUGCCCGCCCUUGCAAAAUAGUCGGGAUUCUUCCCCUGUUAAUGUGUAAUUGGAUGCCUUUUAAUUAUUCUUGAAACGUCCCUUAAGUGGAGAGGACACAGAGACUUAACAUCUUUCGAGAGAACUGGGCUAGGUUGUUACUGACUCAAAAUUUUGAAUAAGAUGUCGUUUCACCCCAUGAUUCCACGUGUAAGUACACCUGCCAGUUGACCAAGAUUAGAAGGACAUCAUUACUGCAGUUUCGCAUUCUGAAACUGAUGUUGUAUUAUUCUUUGCAUUCUAAGCUUUGCUACAGAGGAAACACACCUGGGAGUUGCCUUCAGUAAUUUACCCCGUAACCCUCUGAUACCUCUUUGCCCAUGUGCAAGUGCUGUGUACGGCAACUGUGACAUCAAAAUGAAGUAUCUUGGACGUGGAGGUGGGUUAGUUGUUGAAAAAAGUAAAUGUAAAUUAAAUCUAUAACUUGUGACCACUCUCAUGAGCUGCAAGAUCGUUGUCGUUUCAUUGCCACAGAAUGCUUUAAAAGAUCUUUAAAAAUUUUUGAAAAUCUUAAACAUUGAAAACUCAAGAAAUGUUAAAAAACGAAUGUGAAUAAAUUAGUAAAAAGGAGAAUCCAUUUGCAACGGUAUUUAAAAACUACGAAUUUUCUUAAGGAUCAGAAUAACUUUUAACUUUAAAAUCAUCCACUGUAUAUUUCGAGCCGGUGUUAUUAUACGGUGUAGUCUUCGUCAAGCUAAAGGAGGUGGUUGGUUCUAGAGCAUUUUAUGGAGGAAUAGAAGAAUGUUGUUUUAAUUGCUUCAGUUCUGGGUUCUGGUAAGCGGUAUAAAUAAUGUUUUUGUUCUUGUAGAAUACUUGUCCUCAAACUUAAGUGAGUUGGUACCCUCAUUAGCGAUAGUCUGUAGCCGGAUUUUAUUUCAGUUAAACGUCUGUAAUUUGUUUUUGCCGGAGACUUAUAUUUAGCUGCUGUCCGUAUUAUCGGGGUAUCUGUUAUAGCGCGGUGCCCGCAAGACGAGAGUUGACCCUGUAUCAGGAGACUUCGUAAAAACUAUGCCAAAUAUAUCCAAAUACAAGUUAAAACGAACGCUGUAUCUACAGUAUGACGGAUAGCUUUUCAUGUCAACAUAAUCUGGCCUGGUAGGAACACAACGGUCUAGAACUGAAACACACUCAUCAAACGUCGUACCGGAGCGGUACUAAGUAGCUCUAGUGCACCAAAUCCUAAUCCUCAAACCUAGAUAUUUACUAACGCUUUUUUUCGGUUCCAUUCGUCGCUCCGAAUCAUUGCCACGGUUCCAAUACCAGAUCACACUGCCACAAAAAGUAGCAGAAAACCGUCCAAUAUGUGACAAUCCACUUUCACGAUCUGCGCAGCGCAGCCUCCCUCUUUUGCAAAAACCGCCGGUUGUUAUAUGGUUUUUGUACCGGCGCAUGCGCUAUUCGGUGUAUUGUAGACAAUAGCUGGACCCAAGUCAAAUUUAGAAGGAUUUAUGCGGAGUUAUCAGAACAUAACUGGGCUAAUAUCUCAGAGACAGUUGCCCCGAAAUGCUUAUUUUUGUUAAGGGGGCCUCUUGGACGUUGUUUUUCUUGAAUAUCCUGACAAAUCCCAAAAUUUCAGAAAUUUAAUUUUCAUGACGUCAUCACUUUAGAACUCUAUUAUUGGUCAUCCAGACUUUAUCUCAAGCUUUACACUAUCUUGAUUUAUUUUAAAAAAUUCUUUUACGGUUCUUGACGACCACAGCUUUUGUGUUGUCGAGGCUACUCUUCACACUGAUCGUUUCGCAAUCUUUAAGUCACUCCUUAAAUACCUACCAAGUACUGUUAUCAACGGGGUCCUGCUGGCAAAAAAAAUUAAAAAUCUAAUAAAUAAAAAAAAAAAAAAUGUAUAUAUAAAAAGAAAACGUGCACAAGGUUAAAACCGUUUAAGACUACAAUAAAAGUUACAAGUAAAAGUUAUCAUCAUCAUCAUCAUCAUCAUCAUCAUCAUCAUCAUCAUCAUCAUCAUUACUUUUCAUUUUUUAUGUUUUCAAAGAUAAUUUGCUAGCUAAGCUGGAAGCCUCUAAAAAGAAGUCGACUUCCUCAGCUUAUUCCACCACAGUGAGACCUCCGCCAAAAUCACCCAGUUCUACAUCACCUCCUCAGUCUCCGAACACCUCAUCCCCUGGCCAGGUCGCAACAAACUCUGCUGACCCUGUGAAAUCCUCGGAGUCAUACAAGUUUAGCCACACCUGUGGGGCCAAUAUUGCUGUGAUGUGUGCCGGAAAGAAGGCAAAAAGAAUCGAGUAAGAAAUGAACCUCUUGAUGAAACGUCAACUGCAAAACUGUUUUCACUGAUCAUGAUGCUUUUGCAUUUGCUUCUUUGAUUAGACCAUUGGUUUAUCAAUUUAACCCAUAUAGGUUUUAGUAUCAGUAGGACUCUCAUCUAUCAGUUUUAUUUUAAUGGCGCUAUAAGGACAAUAACCUACUGACCCAAGUCGAAAACUUUUUCCCACUUAUUUAAGUAUUGGAAAAAAAAACCAAAAAAAAAAACAAACAAAGUUUUUCCGCCUUAAAAGUUUGAUGUGAAUGCAAUGAAUUUGUCCAAAAGUGACUGCAGAUGUUUCUGAGGGCUUAACUGAGGAUCCCCAAUACUAGGUAUUUCGGGAUACGAUUUACCUUUAAUUAUUUGAGACUCGGGACUCGGGAUUUUAAAUGCGCAUUACAUUAUAUAUUUGAAUGCUAUUUUGCGCCUAAUAAAUAAUUUAUUAUUAAUCAUUACUAUUAUUAUUAUCGGGAUGAGAUUCGGAAUUGAAAGUAAGCACAGGAGGUGGGAUGCCAAAAGGAACUCUGGGGAUGAUGGGAUUGCACGAAAUUUCGGGUCGGGAUAACGGGAUUGAAGAACCCUAUUUGGGUUAUGUGAGAAAUAUUUCUCCCCUUCUUAAUGCGUCUUUUUUGCUUGUGCAUGGCUAAAGCUGCUUUAAAAUGCUGUUUGUUUUGAUAAACAGUGCUCUUCAGUGUUUCAAUCAAGGAGUUGUAGUGACAAGCCAGCCUCUGCAGGAUGAUGAAUUGUUUGAGGUUCGUUUGGACAGUAAAGUGCCCAAGUGGUUUGGAUCCCUGGACAUUGGUGCCACAACUGUUCCUGCUGAUCAGUUGCAGUUCCCUUCAACAAUAACUUCCUGCUCACAAGGAACGACUUUUGCACUCACUUCUGAUAAAAUCGUCAAUAAUGGCAAAGAAAUGACCACGGUAUCUAAGAACUUGGACAAUUUGUCGGUAGGUCCUUUUAAGGGUAGCUCUAGUGAUAUCAUCUAGCCAGAAAACACUGGCAAACGAUUAACAAUCAGUGUAUUCUGGUGGGUCAGGUGAGUAGUUAAAGUAACAUAUUUUAAGGCUGUAAGAAGACAGAAGCUGGUAAAACUUGUAAUGUUGUUACAUUUACCCUUCUAAAAACUAAAUUUGUGCUGCAAUAGUCUUAUCAUAGACUUGUGCUUUCACAUUGUAUUUAAUCUGUGGCUUCCUCCGAUGAAUUUGUUAUCAGCUUGUAUCUUAUCUUGUGCGUGAAGGGUUUAGUGAUUAAAAAUCGAAAGAGAGCCGAGGAGGUCUCUUAUGUUAGGAACAAAUCACACCUCGUUAGAGACAGUCAAACCUCUGUUUCAUCUCACUCCAACAAGCCUGUGCUCUCCUGAAUUUGGGUUCAUAUCCUGAACCUUCAUUCCUCGGUACUCCCCCCUUUUUUUUAGCUCUGCAUCGCUAUUUUGCAAACUAAACCCACAUUCCACUAUUUCCUAAAGGAAUAAAAGCCAAGAUGCUAUGACUCGCCUGUCCCCCCCCCCGCCCCCCGUAAGGCAGUCCAAGAUAGUCUUGGAUUCUGAAUACCACGCUGUGGAUUCCGGAUCAGUCCAGGUACUGGAUUUCAGUCUAUGUCAGUUGAACUUAAAUUCUGGAAUCUGGAUUCCUUGAGCUGCAUGCUGCAUCCCGGAUUCCAAAGCCAAGGAUUCCGGAUUUCAGAAGCAAAAAUUUCCCGGAUUCCCGGAAUCCAGAUUCCCUUACAUGAGUCAGUGUUGUCCUUUUUGAUGUAAGUUGGAUGUGAUGAUGCAGCUCUUUCCUUGUGUUGAUUUUGAAAGUUUGUUUUCAUUAACAGGUAGGUGACCGCGUGGGGGUCAUGAGAAAGUCGGACGACACCUUACAUUUUUUCAUUAACGGAGUGGAUGUUGGAAAGCGCAUAAAAACUAUCCCUCCUGUACUUUACGGAGUAGUAGAUGUGUUUGGCCAGACAGAGGAAGUGACUAUAACUGGUAUGCAAAUACGCUGUCACUGUUAAUAACCAAUGGUGGAUCUAGGAUAGAGAAAGGGUCGAUGGGGUCUAGAUCCCGGUCUGAGUAUUAUUUAAAGUGCUUGAUAAACUAAGUACAUUAAAAUAAAAACUGAAAUAACUACCCCCCGAAGAGUUGCUUCCUGAAAACCAUCAUAGGGUUACUUAAUAAUAACACUUGCGUUUUACUUUAUCUAUUGACCAUGGAGCUUGAUGUCCAGAUUUCGUUACAAUUCGUUUAUGAAGUACUAGAAUACCAUCAAAGAAUUUUAACUAGUAGAAGUAGAGUAUCACGCGUACUGCGCAUGAAAGCAAACGUCUGCGUUGUAGAAACUAAUGUGUAAAGGCGUCGAAGGACAUAAAUUAUCGGGUUCAAUUAAUAGUGUGGUCAAGUUGGAUCCCCACGGUACAAAAAUUCCUGGAUCGCCAUGCUUACGCAUCUUAGCAAACUGCCGCUCAUUUUCACCUUGCAUUGGUGGCCUCUAGUACUUCUCAUUUCGUCACCGCCGCUACAAAAUUUUCAUGUCGUUCUUCCAACAAAAAAAUGUCUCCUUUGUUUUUAUCUCUCGCUCUAAAUCCCUUUCGCCCUUUUUCUCGUUGAGCUUCGCUGGCCUGCCGCCCAUUUUUUUUUCUUUCUCUUGCUCUAUAUUCCAAAUUUGUGGACAUGACAAUUUAUGUAAGCUUAAUACUUUAGACAACACGGAUACAGAAACAAUUUCCGCUUUCCGUUUUCGUUUUUUUAUGACUCUUUUGUUGUCUCUGCUGGUUUACAAGACGCCGGUGGCUAUGCGAUUUCCCGCCAGAAUAACCUCGAGUUGCAUUUGGGUUACCAUACCUGUUGAUUGAGUUAUUUCACAUUGGUAUGCCUGUGGUGCGGACGGACGGUCUCUUGGUGUACGGUCACGUGAUUACCAAAUUUUCUCGGAUAGGUAGAUUACUUCAUUUUCUUACCCAUGGUGCUCCGCUGGCGCUCUUCGCUAUAAGGUUCCGAAAAACGGGCAACAAAAAAAAUGCAACUUGUCUUGCAACAUUGCUGUUAAACGAAUUGAAAAGUAAUGUUGGGCUGCUACCACCCGCUCAGACCUGUUAAGAACCAGAUUGUUUGUAACACAGGUUUGAUGUGGGUGGUAAAACGCGCAACAUCGCUAUUCAACUCGUUCUGCAGCAAUGCUGCAAGACAAGUUGCACGUUUUUUGUUGCCCGUUUUUCCGUGACCUUUAGCACCGCUCUUUAUCUUUCAGGUGGUACAGCGGAAACACAAACAAGCAACCAAGACCAAGUAGAUGCUGUUUCAGUGAUGGUUCGAAUGAACAACACCAUAAACAUCUUAAAAGAAGGGUCAUACGAAGAUAUUCUGGCCGUAGUGGAAAAAGUGGCCAAAGACAUUCUACAACCCUAUGAAGAAACAGAUGAUCGGGAACUCCGACAAAAGUAUGGUGAUCAUUUGGCUGAAAUUAAUGCUCCAUUGCAUCUGACGAAACUUCUACAACGCUUAAUGGACAUGGGUAUGGAGACCAAGAAUGGCUGGCUUGGGAUGUUGGUGGUUCGUAGCGUAUUCUGGAACUACUCAGAUGCCAGUUUAAGAAUGGCUAGAGGGCUUGGUCGAAGUGGCUUGUUGAAGAUUGUAUUAAAUGAUCUCGACACUUAUGGUGCCAGGAGUUUUAAAAAUGAGGCGAGUCCAGAAUUUGUCAUGUUUCUAAAUGAGAAGAUUAAGCUUUUCAUUGACAAGGUUUUUUUGUGUCACAGAGGAAACCUUUAAAAAUUGGCAAAGUCAUUUAGAUUGCGUUUCGAAAAUUGUGCCUAGAAACAAAUGAACUCUACCUUCAACGUUUACUUUCCGAUAAAACUAUGAUUUCAAAAGUGAUUCCCAAAGUAUGAUUUUUAAAUUCAAGUUCGGGCUUUUGUUCGUAACGUUAUGAACAGAGUCAAAUUCAGAAGGAUUUGUGUGGAGUCAUCAGAACAUAAUAGGGCUAAUGUAUCACAGAAAGUUUGUUCCAAAAUGCUAGUUUUUGGCAAGUACGCAUUUUUGAUGUUGUUCUUUCAGAAUAUCCCUACAAAUAUCCCAUAAUUUCACUAAUUUAGUUUUUAUGACGUCAUACUUAAGGGUAGGCUUGAUUAGCGCCGCUAUCUUGCGUCAUCGAGUCUAACUUCAAGAUGCUUUUAUGGGAUGUAAAAAAUGUUUGCAGGUAGUUAAUCGAUAGGAAAUAAGUAAAUUAAGGGAAGGAUAAGUAAAUUCGAUUUUUCUUCUUUAAAACAAAUAAGGAAAUAAAUUGAUUAAUUGCUCGUUUUUCAUCGAACAGAAAAGAAAAGAUCUCAUUUGUUCCGCCAUCAACAUCCUGCACAACUGUGCCAAGGCUUCAGAGAAUCGCCAGAUUCUCUGUGAACUUCGUGCACUAGAGAGAAUUGCACCAUUCCUUAAGGCAGAUGAUAUGGGAGUCGUUGUAGUGGCCACUUUGACGCUUUCAUAUAUAGCUUCUGAUGAACAGAAGAAGCUAUUAGAAGCAGAAAGUAGGGUAUGUCCUUUUAUUUCCACUAACAGUAGAAAACAAAAUAUUGCAGUGUAAUGUAAAAAUGGUAUUAAAUUUGUAAAUGCAGCGUGCAAAGAAAGUAGUGUCCGAUAGCCCGGGGCUGGUGGAUUUUGCUAUCGGGCUAGUGAAUUCUGUUAUAAUAACUUGCCCUUCGGGCAAGUGAAGUUUUUUUGAGGAAUUCAAAUUACAGAAGAACUGUGGAAUCAAUCUGCUCAUCGAACGUUUUCGGGGCUAGUUGAAAUGAUGUUUGGGCUAGUAAAUGUUAGCUUCAGCUUGCCCGAAUGGCAAGCCGUAAAAAUGACUUUCUUUGCACCCUGAAAUGGUUAUUCUUUUUUUUCUGAUUUCAGCAAUAACGGAAUAUUAAAAGAAAUCAGUAGCAUUCAUUAGAAACGGUCGCCUACGUUCUUGGUUGUUUUUUUGGAAUUGCUGGCGAAGAUGCUUAUAAUUAAAUGCAAUUUAAUAAGAAACGCCUGUGUUUGUUAUUUCAGGUAUUAAGCUAUAUUCUUGGUAUGUUGCGCAAUGCCUUAGAUCAGCCAGACCUGCGCGGUAGAUCAGAAGGUUCGAGUUGGUCAGCUCAGGAAAUUGCUGUUGGCCUGGGUAAUUUGCUUUUCAAUGAAAGGAACCUGGAGACUAUGCUGGACCGAGACGUUGUUGCACUGCUAGUUUCGCUCAUUGGUAAAGGCGGAAUCAUUGAAAAGGAAUGUGCUGCAAACUCAUUGUGGAUCAUUGCAAAGAAUUCCAAAGGGAAAGCCAAAAUAAAAGAAAGCGCGAGCGCAAUGGAAGAGCUAUCGCGCACAAGCAAAAGUGCGAACCAAGCUGUCCAGGAGGCUGCCAAAAGAGUUCUUUUGGAGCUCAGAGAAACUGCAUACAGACAAGGUAACCCAAACGUAACAUUUAGUUAA